AUGUUCAUUUUGAUUUUUCUCUUCUUGCUCCUGAAUAGUCCACCUCUUGUGUCCACUAUCAUCCAUCCCAAGUGCUUUUGGAGAAUGAAGCAGAAUAAUGACAAGCAAGGAGAUUUGUUGACAGGUUGUAUCUUCUUCCUUUUAAGUGUGCAGGGGCCUGUGGAGAAGGAUUAUUUCAACAACAUUCUGAAUAGAAACAUACCAACUGAAAACAACAAGUUUCCAUUGGCCUUAACUUUUUCUAUGGAUGAAGUCAAUAGGAACCCUGAUCUUUUGCCAAACAUGUCAUUAGUAUUUCAGUGGCCCAAAGGUGGUUGUAGGAGUGUGUCAUCAUUAUACAGUUUCAUGCCUUUAUCUGAAGAAAAUCAAUAUAAACCUCCUAAUUAUGAAUGUAAAGAAGAGAUUAUGUGUAUAAUGAUACUGACUGGACCAAGCUGGGAAACAUCUGUGAUGAUUGGGACAUUGCUUGAGCCCUACAGAUCUGGACAGAUCCUUCAGCUUACCUUUGGACCUUUCCAAAACAUGCUGAGUGAUCAUGAUAAAUUUCCCUAUCUAUAUCAGAUGGCCCCCAAGGACACAGCUCUACCCCUGGCAAUGGUCUCUUUGAUGCUUCACUUCAACUGGAACUGGAUUGGACUGGCCAUCUCUGACAGUGAUCAGGGUACACAAUUUCUCUCACAUUUGAGAACAGAGAUGGAAAAACAUAAAUUCUGCUUUGCUUUUGUGAGCAUAAUCCCAGUCAAUAAACAUUUAUACAUGUCAAGAGCUGAAGUAUAUUAUAACCAAAUCAUAACAUCAUCUGCAAAUGUAGUUAUCAUUUAUGGUGAUACAGACAGUACUCUAGCUGUGAGCUUUAGAAAGUGGGAAUCCCUAGGUAUACAGAGAAUAUGGAUGACUACCUCACAAUGGGAUGUCACUACAAGUAAGAGAGACUCCACAGUUGGAUCAUCCCAUGGGACAUUAUCUUUUGCACACCACCAUUCUGAGAUUUCUGGUUUUAAAGCUUUUGUUCAGACAUUGAACCCUCUGAAAUACACAGAUGAAUACCUUGCACGGCUGGGAUGGAUGAACUUUAACUGUGAAGUCUCAGCUUCUAAGUGUAAGACACUGAAGAAUUGUUCAUCCAAUGCCUCAUUACAGUGGCUAAUGGGACAGACUUUUGACAUGGCCUUUAGUGAGGACAGUUAUGACAUAUAUAAUGCUGUGUAUACUGCAGCCAAUGCUGUUCAUGAGAUGCUUCUUCAACAUGUGGAUUAUGGGAAUAAUAUGUUUGCUGACAUCAAGAAAGGUCACACACACUGUAGAAUGCUGCCUCUCUUUCAGCUGCACUCCUUUCUGAGGAAGACUCACUUCACUACUCCUGUUGGAGAGAAAGUGAAUAUGAACCAGAGACAAAACCUGCAGGCAGAGUAUGACAUUUUCCAGAUUUGGAAUUUCCCAAAAGGAUUUGGAUUUAAGGUGAAGAUAGGAGAGUUUAGUCCAUAUUUUCCAAAGGGUCAUCAGCUCCAUUUAUAUGAUGAUGUGAUAGAGUGGUCCAUAGGAAGUAGACAGAUGCCACCCUCUGUGUGCAGUGCUGAUUGUGGUCCUGGAACGAAGAAAUUCUUGCGGGAGGGAAGUGCAGCCUGCUGUUUUGAUUGCAUCCUGUGCCCAGAAAAUGAAGUUUCUAAUGAGACAAAUGUGGAAAAGUGUGUGAGGUGUCCAGAGGAGCAGUAUGCCAAUAGAGAGCACAACCAGUGCAUUCACAAAGCUGUGAUCUUUUUGAACUACAAAGAUCCCUUGGGGAUGUCUCUUGCCUCUUUGGCACUGUGCUUCUCUGCAUUCACAGUUCUUGUUCUUGGGGUCUUUGUCAAGCACCAUGACACUCCCAUUGUGAAGGCCAAUAACCGGAAUCUUAGUUACAUAUUGCUCAUCUCACUCAUGUUUUGUUUCUUGUGCUCCUUGCUCUUCAUUGGCCAGCCCAACUCAGCUACCUGCAUCUUGCAACAAAUCACAUUUGGGGUUGCAUUCACUGUGGCAGUUUCCACUGUGUUGGCCAAAACAGUGACUGUGCUUUUGGCUUUCAUAGUCACAGCCCCUGGAAGGAUGAGGUUCUUCAUUGUUUCAAGGACACCCAACUACAUCAUUGUCAUAUGUACCCUCAUCCAAGUCAUUCUCUGUGCAAUCUGGCUGCUAGUUUCUCCCCCCUUUAUUGACACUGAUGCACACUCUGAGCAUGGCCAAAUCAUCAUUGUGUGCAACAAGGGCUCAGUUACUGCAUUCUACUGUGUCUUGGUAUACCAUGGCUUCCUUGCCUUAGGGAGCUUCACUGUGGCUUUCUUGGCCAGGAAUCUCCCUGACAAAUUCAAUGAAGCCAAAUUUCUGACCUUCAGCAUGUUAUUGUUCUGCAGUGUCUGGGUCACUUUUCUCCCCGUCUACCAUGGCACCAAGGGCAAGGUCAUGGUGGUAGUGGAGGUCUUCUCCAUUUUGUCCUCAAGUGCAGGUCUGCUGGGAUGCAUCUUUAUUCCCAAGUGCUAUAUAAUUUUGUUCCGACCAGAGAGAAAUUCUCUUCCAAAGUUAAGGGAGAAAACAUCUUACUGA